AUGAAUGAUAUUGGCCUCACACAAUACUUACAAUUGGUUGAUGAUGGAUGUACUUAUAAACAGGGUGAAUUGUUGGCCGCAUUAUUAUCAUUUCGGCAUUCACAUGCAUCUAGUAAAAAAUUAAGGCCGCCUAAUAUGGAAACAACCGUUUCUCGCAUUCUCGAUUCCCCUUAUGAUGAGUUAGUGAUUCUUCAUUUAAAAUGUUUGUCUUCUCUUGAAAAUAAAAAUUUUUUAGACGCGUUUGAAAAUCAAUUUGAAUUGACUCAAACAUUUGUUAAAAUUUUUCAAACGCAAAGAGAGGAAAAUUGGAUGCUUAAGGUAAUGCAAACAGUAUGCUUAGAACUCAGACUGUUAGCAUCUCCUGCAGACAAAGAAGCAGAUAAUAAAAAGCACCCUAUAGAAUGUUUAGAAAAAACAGCAAAAUCACUAAUGGCAUGUUUUAGAAUUUGUGCAGCAGACAAUCGUUCAUCAGAAAUAGAUACGAAAAAGUGGGGAAUGUUAACAUUGGUGAAUCAAAUGUUUAAAGUUUAUUUUAAAAUUAAUAGACAUCAACUUUGCAAGCCAUUAAUGAGAGCUAUUGAUUCUUGUAAUUUGAAAGAUAAAUUUGCUUUGGCUCAAAUAAUCACUUAUAAAUUUUUUGCCGGUUUAAAAGCAAUGUUUGAUGGUGACUUUAGGACUGCCAAUGAAUGUUUGUCAUUUGCUUUUUUAAAAUGCCAUAAAAAUUCUACAAAAAACAAAAGGAGUAUAUUAUUGUACUUAGUGCCAGUAAAAAUGAUUUUAGGAUACAUGCCUAAAAAAUCAUUGCUGGAAAAAUAUAAUUUAAUUGAAUUUUGGGAAGUUGUAGAAGCUGUAAAAAUGGGAAAUUUACAAAAAUUUAAUGAAGUGAUGGAUCGCUACCAUUCAUUUUUCAUACAACAUAAUAUUUAUGUAAUAAUGCAAAGACUUAGUACAAUAGCAACCAGAAAUUUAUUUAAAAAAGUUUAUCACAUUGUUAAUUCUCAUCAAAUCCCAGUUGAAAUGUUUCUAAAAGCACUUUUAGCCAUGAAAAUUGAAGAUGCUACAUGGGAUGAAGCAGAGUGUUUAUUAGCAAAUUUGAUUCUUGAAGGAAAAGUAAAGGGAUACAUUUCUUAUCAGCAUGACACAUUAGUUGUUUCAAAACUAAUGCCAUUCCCUACAAUUAGUUCUAUUUCAUAA